UCAUAGGUCACGGCAUGUGAUAGUCGGUAGGCUCGAUACCAGCCAACCUGGCACUGAAAACGUGACCAGGCAGCCUUUCGCUAUUUCCAUUUUAGGUUGUCACGUAACUGUCACGGAGGGCGGGGUGGAGGCAUUAGGCAAAACUCUCGCAACGCUAUCAACCACCAGACUGUCUUGUUUCCUUCUACUCCCUCCUCUCAAAUGGCUAAGAAGAAAGUUGCAGCGAGCACAAAGGCAACGGCAAAGGCGGCCAAAAAGGCCAAGGCAGCCCAAAAAACCGAGCGCAAGGAGAAGAAAAAAUCAAAAUCCAAGGAUGAGUUCGAGGACGACGAAGACGACCUCGAAGGGAUACUCGAAAAGUAGAUGCAACGGGAAUGGGAAGAAGCUCACACUGUGACCGAGGAACUCGCCGAAGGCCCACCCAGUCGACGUGCAAAUGCGACCUUGACCGCGUGUCCAAAUGGGAAUCAUCUUUGGUGCAUCGGGGGAGAAUUUUUCAGCGACGAUGGGAAAGCGUACUUUUACAACGAUGUCUUUCGAUAUUCACCAGAGAAGGAUGAAUGGCGGAAGUUUGUAUCUAAAACGUGUCCUGGUCCUAGGUCGGCACAUGCUGUGGUAGCUUCAUCCGCCGGAGGAGGCAAGAUAUUCCUAUUCGGCGGAGAAUUUUCCUCCUUGCACCAAAACACGUUCCAUCAUUACCGCGAUUUCUGGUGUUUUGAUAUAACGACACAUUCAUGGGAUAGGAUCGACACCAAGAUUCGGCCAAGCGCGCGGUCCGGCCAUAGGAUGGCCAUUUGGAAACAUUAUAUUAUCCUCUUUGGUGGAUUUUAUGACCCUGGAGUAACAACUCGGUAUCUGAAUGAUCUUUGGCUCUUCGACACGCAAGAGUAUAAGUGGCGACAAGCAGAGUUCAAAGAUACGGAACCGCGACCUUCUGCAAGAAGUGGCUUCUCUUUUCUUUCGACACCCGAGGGAAUCGUUCUACAUGGCGGCUACUGCAAAGAGUAUGUCAAGGGAAGGCGCCCGAUCGGUAUCAUGCUCGAAGAUACCUGGUUCCUCAAAAUGUCGCUCGAAAUGCCCGCAGAAGGAAAAUCGACGGCAGACCCCUUGAAACUCAAAUGGGAACGCCGGAAGCGACCUUCGACUGCCUACGCACCAUCGCUGCGUUCAGGCUGUACGAUGUCAGUGUGGGCUGCGAGAAAUACUGGAGUAAUGUUUGGUGGGGUGACAGACGAAGACACGUCGGAAGAGACGCUGGAGAGCGUGUUCUGGAGCGACUUGAAUGGUUAUCAAUGGACGGGGAAGGGGAAGUGGGUGUCAAUGACGCUGAAACGACCUAAGAAAGCCGGAGGGGCCAAGAAGAGGAAGCCAGCGAAGAAAGAGGCCGACGACGACGACGAUGACGUAACAGAGAUGGAAGCUCCCUCUCAGGACAUCGAAGUGGACCCUGAUGAUCCUGGCCCGACGAUUCCUCUACCUCGGUAUAAUGCCAUGCUUUCCGUUUUGCGGAAUACGCUCUAUAUAUAUGGUGGCAUAUUCGAAAAGGGCUCGCGAGAGUACACACUCGACGACUUUUAUUCACUGCAGCUCGACAAGAUGGAUCGGUAUGUGUGCUUGAAAGAGAGCGGGGUCGUCAUCGCGGAGGGUGACGACGAGAGCAGUAGCGAUAGUGACGGCGAUGAUGAUGAUGAAGACGACGAUGACGACGAAGAUGGUGAAGAAACUAUGAUUGGGGAUGAUGAGACUGUCUUCGCUGAUGAAGAACCCGAUGAGAUUUCCAUACUCAAAGAGAUCGAGGAGGUUCCCGAGACCCAAGCGGAGAAGGAUGCUUUGCGCGCUCAGGCGACGACUUUUAUGGGUGUCGCUCGGGAUAACACGCGCUCGGCUGAAGAUGUUAUCAGCACGCCCCUGCCCGGAGAGACGCUGGCCAUGUUCUACUCCCGGUCUCGGGAAUAUUGGGCCCAGAAAGCUCAUGCGACGAGUGAUAACCGGGGGAAGCAGCUCCGUCGGGAUGGAUUUGGGCUUGCUGAGGAGCGAUAUGCGGAGUAUAAGCCUAUUCUGGAAGAGGUGGAGAAGAUCUUAGUUGAGGCUGGGCUGGAUGAGGAAGAGAUGAGGAAGGGAGCUGCUGCUGGGCCGGGGGUUGGUGGCGGGCAGAGUCGAAAUCGUCGUUGAUACAUGUUACUGUAUAUUUGCAUCCGCGCAUCUCAUUGCAAACAAGUCUGUUUUUCCCCCAUGUUGUCUCGCUCA